UUAUAACAGUGAAAGUCAUUGCGAAGUAAUAACGAUAGUUCAAGAUGAAGUCGUUGGAGCUGGUGAUCGUCACCUGCGUCCUGAUACUCCACAUCCUGAAGCCUUCUGAUGGCCUGUACGAAACUGGAAAACAGCUUUUGAACGUAGCAUCGCACCUUGAGUCGCUCCAAAAGAGCGAUCUCCCUUGCGGCCAUCCGGAAGUCCUAAUUCCCAUAUUGAAAGGCAAUGAUCCGGUAAAAGCUUCUCCACUCGAAAUGAUGAUGGCCUCCAUGGACAAGAUAACCGACAUUACCGAUCUCCCAGAUCUGAAUUCGAUCUUCAUUCAACUAAAAUAUCUGAGGAAUGAACUAUUACCAAGCGACAAAUCAGACGUUUACUAUGGGUGGGAGGACAGACUCAAAUUCUACCUGUCAAGCAUCGACGCCCAGUACGAGCGCUUCAAGACCCUCCGGGAGGCCAAGGGGCCUAUUAAUGUUUCCGAUUGGAUGGCCCUGGCUACCGACAUCGAGAAUACCAAGCGCUUCAACCUGAGUACGGUCCGCAGGGAACUUCUGGACCGCCGAUAUCACUCUGGGUGCGGUUCCCUGCUGAUGGACUUCAUCGAAUCGUCCACCCGCAGGACCCUUGAACCCUGCAUGGAUGUCUUCGGCGUGAAUGGGGUUGUCAAUCAGUUGUUGAACCUGUUGUUUACGGCACACUUGAAGGCUACGGUUCCCCAGAUUUUUGUGUCAAUACUGCGAAACUGUAGUGGCACUGUCAGGAGAGAUAACCUGAAUAGGCUGGCCAUCCAGCACAAAGACGGAUACCUAGAAAUGGUGAGAGGUUUGAAAAACGCCAUAGAAUUUGUCGACGACGAUAUGGUCCCAUGUCGGUCAUACCGUGACCUCUUUCUUCGAGGUAAGACUUACCAUGACCUAGAGAACCCAGAGCACUCCUCACUUCUACAAUUUCCGGAUCCUCAAAGUCACGAGAGCUGUUUAGCCGCUCCGAAGGAGCAAACUUGGAGGUUUAUGUCCGAGAGGGACGUUUGCAACGGAAGGUUAUAUGAUUGCGAUAAUGCUACAGUGGAAGAGGGGUUACGACUGGUGAAUAAUAGUCGGUGGGAGAACUGCAUUCUAGCAUCAAGUGAAAAUUAUGGAGAAACUUUUGACGACUGUCGUGAUGGGAGACUUCGUGACUAUGUGAGGGAGAAGAAUUCUUCCGUAGGUUAUUGUCUUUGCAAGUGUGAGGAGACGACUAAUCACAUAAGUGUUACACCAGUUAUGACGAAUCGAUCAGCUGAUAUGGUUGUAACUGGUUUUCGAUUUGUUCGUGAAAACGGAGUUCUUUAUCUACAAGCGAAACAAGGAAAGUUGCUUCCUGGUGAGAGGAUUGAUCGUGCAUCGGAAGAGUGGAUUCCCUUACCAGAGAAUCCAGAGUUGGUACCGUUAACUUCCCAAAACGGCAAGUUUCAUAUCGGUAAAGUAAUGGCCGACAUGAACGAGGUGCCAGUUGGAAUUUCAUUCGUCCAAGGCAACAAUAGCUUCUACCUUCAGAUGUAUGCGGUUUCGUAUGACUACUAUCACGGCCUUUUGCCGGCGCAACCUCACGUGGUUUGUCCUGCCGAUCUAAAGUACCCCCACACAUAUGUCAAAUUUCACCUGUCUAAUCGAGGGAAUGACAGAAGAGGAAAAGUGUUACCAUUGAUAACUGCAAAAGCUGCUGAGUCUGACCCACCAACACUAUUACGGGGCCUUGGAAUUGAAUACGACAGAUGGGGGAUGUUUUCCCCGACUAUUGAGGGCUUUAAUUUAAAAGCUAUACUUCAAAAAAUUGUGAAUGAAACAUUAUAAAUAUAAGAUGUACCCAAAUAUUCUACAAUUGCGAUAGUGAUUGAUUAAAUAAAUAAAUAUUUUCUGCAAGCAAA